AUGCAGCUCUACUCCUUUGGCUCAAACGGGUCUGGGCAACUCGGCCUAGGCCAUAAAGAUGACGUCUCUCAGCCGACCAGAUGUUUAUUUCGACCAGAUCCUUUCAUAGAUAAAAAUGACAACGCCAACUGCCCGAAUAGCCGUGAAAAGGACCUUGUUACCCAUCUGGCAGCAGGAGGGAACCAUUCCCUGGUUAUUUAUGGGUCUGGAGCGGUGUAUGCGGCUGGCUCCAAUGGAAGCGGAAGAUGUGCGCAUGAUGCAGAGGAGUUACUGGAGUUUAGCAGGGUCAUUAUUCGCGACGGUGAGAGGAUCGUAUGUCGAUUUGCUGCCGUGUCGGCAACUUGGGAGUCCUCUUGUUUUGUGGAGAAAGAUACUGGGCACGUUUACGUGGCUGGUGUUGGAAUGAAAGGAGAGCUGGGACUCGGGGAGAAUGUCACGGAGGCAAAAGUGCCCAUGCGCAUGGUUGGCUUUCCGCCCGAGGGGACCAAGGUAGUUUGUCUUUCCGGCAGUGUUGGGCAUACAGUUGCUGUUCUAUCUAAUGGAGAUGUUUAUGGCUGGGGGAAUGCAAGGAAAGGCCAACUUGGAGAACCGGACAUCAAACAGAAGAUAUGCUGGUCUCCACAGAGAAUCGAUGUUCCUUUUGCAAUAAGACAAGUUGCAUGUGGAAGAGAAUUUACUGCAUUCGUUGGGGACCAAAAGGAUGGCUCUCUGCUAGUCCUUGGUUCAGAUAAAUGGGGCAUACAAUCUGCUGCUCCGUUGAAUCUGGGGGGCUAUACAAUGGUUGCAGCAAGCUGGCACGGUAUAUACAGCCACAAUUCAAGUGGAAGAAUAAUGGCAUGGGGUCGAAAUGAUCGUGGGCAGCUACCACCACCUAAAAUCCCUGAUACCACAUCAAUUGGAGUUGGUAGCGAGCACGUUGUUGCUGUCAUUGAUAAGAAGGAGGUUAUUGCCUUUGGCUGGGGCGAGCACGGCAACUGUGGCGCAGAGACGGACGACCAAGGCAAUGUGGCUGGUCGAUAUGCAAAGGUUCCAUUCGAUCAUGGUGCGGAGCCAGUCAUUAGUGUCGUUGGGGCAGGGUGCGCCACAAGCUGGUUGACGGUAGAGUAA